UCGACUCAAAUAGUUGUCUAACGAAUACCGUUUCGACUCCCCUUCUCCAGAAAAAAGGUCUCGAAACGAGAGUAUGCAAUUUAGGGCUUUAGUUUAGCCACAAGAAGAAACCCACUAAUGGCUUCCAAUAAUGAUGCCAACGACUCUGAAAAGCCACCUUCCUCGCCGAAGAAGAAUGUAUAUAAAGAUCCAGAUGAUGGUCGGCAACGCUUCUUACUUGAAUUGGAAUUCGUUCAAUGCCUCGCUAAUCCCACUUACAUCCACUAUUUAGCGCAGAAUCGAUAUUUUGAAGAUGAAGCAUUUAUUGGGUAUUUGAAGUAUCUCCAGUAUUGGCAACUCCCGGAGUACAUUAAGUUUAUCAUGUAUCCACAUUGCCUUUUCUUUCUCGAGCUUCUCCAAAAUCCCAACUUUCGGAAUGCAAUGGCCCAUCCUGCCAACAAGGAAUUGGCACAUAGGCAGCAGUUCUAUUUUUGGAAGAACUAUCGAAACAACCGAUUGAAGCAUAUCCUUCCAAGGCCUCUUCCUGAACCUAGUGCUGCUCCAUCUAUUCCCACUCCAGUUCCACCUCCACCUGGACCACCUACAACUUUAUCUGCUCCUUCUCCUGGUCCUGUACCUUCUCCAGCAGCUUCAGCACUCUCUCCAAUGCAAUAUGCCAUUCCCUCUGGAUCUGCUUUUCCGAAGAAUGAUCCCAGAAACAGUGGGGUUGAUCGAAGAAAGAGAAAGAAAGAUGGAUGACACUACAUUCAUCUCUGAGCAACUGUGUUGUGCAUGGGAUAAACUAUUGAAGGUACUGAUAUCUUUACACUCUUGGGCUUGACUAGAUUGAGGUACAGUGCGUGUCCAGAUAAUUUCUUCAUCAGUUCUGAAAUUUCAGUAGGGUUCGUGCAAUGAAUAUGUUGUGAUGGUUAUGUAUUUUUCGGGUUUCACAUUUGUGUACAUCUCUACUGGCUGGAGAGAAAGAACUAAAGAAUAUUAUUUGUUAUUCCCAUCUGUUCUCCAUGCUUGUUCAUGUCUCUCAGCGUCAUUCUGUUUUGUUUCCCAAAACUGUUAGUGCUUCUGCUGCAGAUCCAAAAGUUGAUGGUGAAAUAUGCCAAAUAAAUUUUUGUCAAUGAUGAUAAAUGCUGCUUCAUAUCACCUCUCAAAUGAGUACUGAGUGCAAUUUGUUGUUUGUGUAAGCAAAUAUCUGAGCUGCUUGGUUGGACAUUGCUCAUACAGAAAUCUGGUAAUGCACCCAACUUUAGUCCAUUUAACAGCAUAAUACCGAGAAAGCAUGAUUGUACAGAGAAUGGAAACGAGUGAAUAUGAAUGGAUGCAGCACUCUCUUCCUAUUGCUUCUGAAAGCUUGUUAGCUUUUAGGAUCCUGGUUGGAGAGACAAGAUUAUUCAAAUGUGCUGCAAAUAUAAAUUGCCUUCUUGAAACUGGACUCAGGCAAACUUCUGGUUGUGCUUAUUCUCCCUACUUUUUUGGCUUUCCAGUUGUACAGACGUAACAGAGCUGGAGCUAGUGUAACCUUACUCCUAUUUGAAAUCUUUAAUUUUCUCGAUU